CAAGGUAUAGAACAGCGAAAGCACAUAAUCCAAUCAGAUUCAGCUGCCACGUGUCAAAACAAAAUCCCACCCGUCCCAUCAACGGUUACAGUUCAUUCAAGCACAACUAACACCUCCCUGAAAACCAAUUUGAGUCGAACCCACAAAGCCCGACCCGACAACACCCUCCGCAUUUCCGUUCUCCGUUCGGCUACAAACCCGACCCGACCCGAUGGAAACGGAUUCGGAUCGGCUAGCGGUAUCCGGAUUCGAGGAUUUCGUACGAGUCGAUGGUGGAGGAAUUGUUAGUUCAAAUUCGGAAGAUGAGAGCGUAGUGAAUGAAGAAGAAGAAGAAGAAGAAGAGUUAAGAGGAGUUGUUAAUGAGGUUGUUUCUUCGGUGAUCAAUCAAGAAGAACAAGUUCAUAAUCAUCAACCGUAUGAAAGGAAGGUUUUGCCGGUGGAACUUUCUAGAAAUGUAAUGACGCUUACUUGUGAAUCUUCUGCUGAGGGAGGUGUUUGUGAUGUCUAUGUUGUUGGCACCGCUCAUGUUUCUCUGGAUUCCUGCCAAGACGUCGAAGCCGUGAUCAGUUUUUUGAAACCCCAGGUUGUUUUCUUGGAGAUAUGCUCAGGUCGUGUGGCUAUACUUACACCUCAUAAUUUAAAGGUACCAACUAUGGGGGAAAUGAUGGAUAUGUGGAAGAAAAAUCAAAAUCUAUUUGGGAUAAUCUAUAGCUGGUUUCUUGCUAAGGUUGCUAACCAGCUUGAGGUUGUGCCUGGAGCUGAGUUUCGUGUGGCCUAUGAAGAAGCAAUGAAGUAUGGGGGAAAGGUGAUACUUGGUGACCGCCCUGUGCAAAUAACAUUGCGAAGAACAUGGGCAGCAAUGCCGCUUUGGCACAAAACAAAAUUCUUGUUCUCUUUAUUAUUCCAAGCAUUAUUUUUACCAAAGCCAGAAGAUCUCAACAAGAUGCUGAAGGAAAUGGAUGAUAUCGACAUGUUGACUCUUGUAAUUCAGGAAAUGAGCAAGCACUUCCCCACUCUUUGGACUACCCUAGUUCAUGAACGAGAUCUGUUCAUGUCAUCAACAUUACUAAGUGUUGCCAGUGCACACAAUUCUGUUGUAGCAGUUGUUGGGAUGGGUCACCUGCCAGGAAUCAAGAAGAACUGGAAACAACCCAUUGAGGUUAAGGAACUACUCACAAUUCCUUCACAGAAACCUGCCAUCUCUGUCACAAGAAUCUUGUCAACACUCGGAAUUGCAGUCGCAGGGGUGGCCAUAAUAUCUGGCAUUUAUACUUCAAUCAAGAAAUAACAUCAGUGGAUCAGAUUUAAAUGUCUUCUUUCAUGUAUUUUAGAGGUCAUACGUGUUUUUUACAUUUAGGUGCUGAGAUUAGACAUUCAACUCUAAACUGUUCUGCUCUAGGAAAUGGGAAAUGGUUGUUUUUUGCAAAAUUUCCUGGGAAGAAGAUGGUAAGCCAAACUGGACCAUGAAAAAGGGUCUUCUAAGUUCUUGAACAGCGACAGGAGUAAAGAUGCUAAAAUUUGGCCCAACUCUUUUUAUUUCUAUAACUUCAGUUGAUCACUC